GAAUCCUGUGCAUGUAUCGAUCAUCUUGCCAGCCGAGCUGGCAUUGGCGGGUCCGGUAAAGCGAAGAUAAGCAAAGGCUUUGGCAGAAAUUCAUUUCAGUUGUGUAGUUGCUCCCUCACUGUACACUUGAAGAAUAGUAUGGUUAGAGAAUCUCAUUAUCAGGAAGAGAAACACGAGUGCCCACGGGCCGGAGGAGUUCAUGUUUUCCCAGAUCAUUUUAGAGAACCAAUGAUCAAUCUUUAAACUCUUCAUGAAAAUUUGAAGCUGUUUUGUCUUUAUAAAAGACUUGUAUAUAGUGUAAAUAGCACUCGUGUAUAAAUAAUUGCAUCCACCCCUCUUUUUGAGGAACCUAUACCGUAUAUAACCCGCAACAAUUUCUUGGACUUGUUCUUAAUUGGAAGUUGUUUUCACUCAAAGUGCUAAAAGCAUACAAGCAAAAUGAAGACGGAAGUACAAAAUGAUAUGCCCCUUGCUGUAAAACUGCUGACCGCAGGAACAGCUGCCUGCUUUGCGGAUCUCGUGACUUUUCCUUUGGAUACAGCUAAAGUCAGGAUGCAGAUCGCUGGAGAAGGCCGAGCACUACUUGUGGCAUCACCAGAGGGUGCUUUGGCUAUGAGAGCUGUUCAUUCUGUUCAACCAGGCCUAUUGCAAACCAUAGGAAACAUCGUUAGAAUCGAGGGUGUCAGGAGCCUGUACGGAGGUCUAUCCGCGGGACUCCAGAGACAGAUGUGUUUCGCCAGUGUACGUUUGGGACUCUACGACACCGUCAAGUCACUCUACGCUGGAACCACCGACGGUAAUGUGAAUAUUGGCACCCGUAUAUCUGCGGGAUUUACAACUGGCGCUUUGGCAGUGCUUCUUGCUCAGCCCACAGAUGUCGUGAAGGUGCGUUUCCAAGCCGGAAGUCAAGGAAAAUCCUUGAUUAGAUACACCUCAACCCUACAUGCAUACAAGAGCAUUGCGCAGCUUGAGGGUAUCCGCGGAUUGUGGAAGGGAACUAGUCCCAAUGUAGCUCGAAAUGCAAUCGUCAACGUGGCCGAGAUUGUGUGCUAUGACGUCAUCAAGGACACAAUUAUGAAUCACGGAUUGCUGCAAGAUGGCAUUCCAUGCCAUUUGGCUGCAGCGACAGCUGCCGGUCUUUGUACCACAAUAGCAGCCAGUCCAGUUGACGUUGUUAAAACUCGCUACAUGAACAGUGCACCCGGCGAAUACAAAGGUGCAAUUGAUGCCGCGAUUCGAAUGUUUGUGAACGAAGGACCCCAGGCUUUUUACAAAGGAUUCAUACCCAGUUUCUCACGUCUCGUCUCCUGGAACAUCGUUAUGUGGGUCACUUACGAACAGAUUAAGAUCCAAACCAAGAAAUUCCAGAAUACUUACUAAAUUCCUUUGUUCCAUGAACAAUAUUCUAUGCCUAUGUGUUAAUGCUGAUGGAUCGUUUCACAAAAAAAAAAAUCUGGAGGGUUGUUAAGCUUUUAUCUCAUAAGAUCAAGGUUUUAAAGAGGCUCUUUGCAAGGUUUUCUCCAACUUUCCAAAGCAACUUUGCAAUGCAACUUUGCAAGGUGAUUUUGCAAAACAAGGAAAUUUUUCAAAGCAUCUUUCCAAGGCGACUUUGCGAGGCAACUUUGCAAGUCAUCUUUGCAAGGCAUAUUUUUAACAAGUGUCUAAAGCAACUUUGCAGGCAACUUUUCAAGGCAAUUUUCCAAAGCAAUUCCGCAAGGUAACUUUGCAAAGCAGCUUUGCAAGAUAACUUUUCAAAGCAACUCUGCAAGAAAACUUUGCAGGGUGUUUUUUCCAAGCAACUUUGAAAGGUAACUUUGCAAGGAAAUUUUUCAAAGCAACUUUGCAAGGCAACUACUUAAGCAACUUUGCAAGAAAACUUCACAAAGUAAUUUUCCAAGGCGACUUUGCAAAGCAACUUUGCAAGGCAAGUUUGCAAGACUACUUUGCAAAGCAUUUUUUUAACAAGCUUCUAAGGCAACUUUGCAGGAAACUUCUCAAGGCAAUUUUCCAAAGCAAUUGCGCAAGGCAACUUUGCAAAGCAGCUUUGAAAGACAACUUUAUCAAUCAAAUUUGCAAGGUAACUUUGCAAAGCAACUUUGCAAGGUGAUUUUUCAAAGCAACUUUGAAAGAUAACUUUUCAAUGAAAUUUUUCAAAGCAACUUUGCAAGGAAACUAUUUAAAGCAACUUGGCAAGGCAACUUUGACAAGCAACUUACGAAAGAACUUUGCAAGACGACUGUGAAAAGCAACUUCGCAAGGCAACUUUUACAAGCAACUUUGCACAGCACAGUGCUGAGCAACUUUGCAGAUCAACUUUGCAGAUCAACUUUGCUGAUCAACUUUGCAGAUCAACUUUGCAGAUCAACUUUGCAGGUCUUUUUAAAACCUCAGUGGACGUUUGAGCGAUUCUAAAGGCUUCGAAAUUUCUUUGCACAAUGCUUCAUCAGCUUUAAUCAAUUUUAAUAAUAACCUCUGACACUUUAAGGUUAAGGAACGGAUUCUAGAUCAACUACACUAUUUUGGGCUAUCAUAUAAUAGGAAAUUAACUGUAAUGGCCUUUCUUCUAAUAUGCGUAGUUAAGGAUAAUGAAUAUUAUUACAGUUUUUACUGUUAAAUAUUUUUACCUAAAUUGGGCACUUUAGGCUACCAAACAAGGCACUUUUGUGUUGAUACUAUAGUUAUUAGUUGGUAAUUAAAUAUGCACUAAACAUAUUUUUUUAUGACAAAUUAUAAUCAUUUUAAGUAUCCCAGGAUAGUGAAGAAUUGUUUGUCUGGAAUAUAUUUUUUGAUUCGUAUAUUAUAAAAAAAAUAAUUUAGGUAAUGUGACAUAAAAAAAAGUACUCAGGACCAACUUAAAAGUGAUGAGAGACAAGCAGUUCGUCUAAAGUCCGUUCGCUAUCAGUUAUUCGCUGUUUAUAGAAAAUAAUUGUUAAUAAUUAACAUCCAUAAAUUACGUAACGUUAAAAAAAAAAAACUGGCAUGAAACUAAAAGUGGGAAAAAAUUAGAUGGUGGAGGGUCAAGAUUUUUGAAAAAAUGUCAUUACAUAAUUUGUGGAUGGUCCCUUAGCCUGAGUGUCGAUGGAAAGUCGAUUCGAGAAAUAAAUUGCAAAUCGUGUAGCACAAUUCUCACUCUUUUACCGAAAUUUUAUUUAUACACGUUUUUCUUUUGUAAAUGCAUUCCUUCAUUUUAUUAUAGCUACUUGAAUGGAUCGCUAGCGAUCGAUUAUUUGUCAAGAUCGGCCAGAUUCUUCAUUUUCGAAAAGUCUGACUUAGUACAGUCCUCCGAGAGGAUAUGAUUCGAAAAAUUUCUUUUUGAAAUAUUUGCAAUUGGAAUGAAAGAUAAAGGCAAAAGUCGAAAAACUAAUAUAAUCGAAUGUCUACACAUUGACAAUAAAAUUAGAGUAUGUUCUUUAUUCAUAACUAAAAUUGAAAUAUAAAAGGACUAUUGAUAAAUUGAUAAAUUGAUCAAAUUUGUUUGCGAUUUUGACGCGAGAAGCAAAGGUACUUUUUUGUGUGCGAUAAAUCAUAAGUUUUUAUUACGUGAUGAAACGAGAACGAAAAGGUUUUGUAUUUCGGUUUGUAUUCAGUUAUUUAUGUAUUCGACUUUUGUAUUCGCUUUCAAUUAGUUUAAAUUAUGUCUUAUGUCCUAAGUGUCAUGAAAUAAAGAAAUAAAAGAUAUUGACUUA